UUGAUAAUUCUCAUUUAUUUAUAGGUUUCAUAAUUGGCGGUAUUGGAGGGUUUGGAGUUACGGGCGGUGCGCAUAGAUAUUACACGCAUAGAUCAUUCAAAGCGAAAUUGCCAUUACAAAUUAUACUUUUGGCGUGUUACACGGUAUCAGGACAGGUACGGUACAUCGGAUGGAUUUCGAUUAAAAAUAAUACGAUGAGAUCAAUAUAAUAUAUUAAUACAUCUACGCAUUUAGAACACUAUACCGGACUGGGUUAGAGAUCACCGGGUUCAUUGUGCCGAUAAUGGUACCGGUGUUUUUGUGGAACGAAUCUUGGAAUAUAGCCGUGUUCGGAAUGGCAAUAGUUCGGUACGUGCUAAAUUUGAAUUUCACGUGGUCUGUAAACAGCGUCGCUCAUAUUUGGGGCAACAAACCAUACGACACGUGAGUGUAUAAACUAUAAGUAAUUAAUUUUAUGUAUAACAUACGAAGGUUUUGAUUUUUUUUUUUUGUGUGUGUGUUUUCCAGACGUAUUCAGCCCGUGCAAAACUUUUUCGUGUCUAUAGUGGCCUUGGGGGAAGGGUGGCACAAUUAUCACCACGUUUUCCCGUAUGACUACAGAGCGGCCGAAAUCGGCGGAUAUUUGCUGAACAUGACAACCAUGUG